AUGAAUUCUGAUGCAUACGAUACCGACGGCGGCACUGACGAUCGUCAUCACUUAACAUCCCGUUAUGGUUCUCUAAUAUCACCCCAAAUUCUACGACGCCAUGAUGUCAUUCAAAUGUCUUCUCCUCAAAUACCCCCUCGUCAUCCGCUGCGAAAAGCAGUGCCGUCACCGACCAUAUUAACACCACAAAUUCGCCUUCACCAUGGAGAACACGAAAUACAUUCUGAUCUACUUCCACAACAUGAUGUUCGCAAACACAUUCGAAACGGUCGAAAACUACUGCCAAUCACCGCUGCAACGCCUGUUGCGCACACAUCAUCGCCAGCACAAAAUAGCCCGUCACCAACUGAUCGUCAUCAUAUGGCAGAUCACCGAUUACCGUUGGUUGUACAGGAUAUGCACGAACAAAAACGUCAAGUAAAAGAACGUAUCCAGAAUCAUCCAGUUAGUAAAACACCACCACUAAGAUUUAUAUUUAUUCGUCAUAGUGAACGAGUAGACCAGACCGUUGGAUCUGAUUGGUUUUCACGUGCAUUCGAUCUGCGAACAGGCGCUUAUCACCGAUAUAAUAUUAAUCUACCGAAAAGCUUACCAAACCGAUCGCACUUUCAAGCAUAUGAAUUCGAUCCGCCAUUGACAGUGGAAGGAUGGAAGAAUGCUCGAAUAGUAGGCAGGGGACUGUUAGAUAAAAAUUUGACAUCGAAUAUUUGUCUAACAUCGUCCGCUCUCCGUUGUGUUCAAACAUGUGAACUUUUAAUAGCUGGUAUGAGACGACGAGAACGUCUUCAAAUGCGUGUUGAACCCGGUCUUUUCGAAUGUCCACAUUCUAACACUAAACUAGUUGACAGUUUUAUGACUAAAGGCGAAUUGUUAACAAAUGAUUAUAAUAUAAAAGCCGACUAUAAACCUGUCAUACCAAAAAUAACAGUCCCUGAAACAUUGGAAGAAUAUUUUCAGCGUAGUCAAUGGGUUAUGCAACGUAUCAUUGAUCGUUAUAAAUUUCGUGGUGGAAAUGUUCUUAUUGUAACACAUGCACCUGGACUCAUUGCACUAACUGAUGCUCUGCAAGGAAUUAAAUCAAAUCCGGAUACACUCUAUAGAGUAGUUAGUCGAUUUCAAUAUCUUGCCACUAGAGUCGCUGAAUUUGAAAACGGGCGAUGGAAUGUUCAUGAUCAACCAUUUGAUCACAGAAGAGCAGGAGGAGAAUAA